AUGCCUUCACCUGUGCAGCCAAGUCACUCCUCAUCUGCAGAAGGAGAGAAACACAAGCAAUUGAAUAAAGACAUCAAGGACAUGGUCUCUGCCAUCACUCACAGGGUCACUGAUUUUCACAAAUCAGGCUCAACCCACCAUUUGGAGAACGAUGAGGAACAUGGUUUGAGCAUGGUCACCCUUGCAGGGAACAACAAUGGUGCCACUAUGAGAAGUGAGUUGGAUGAUAAAUCAGGCAACCAUUCUCAUGGUGAUGAGCCAGAGGCACUGAGCACCUAUGUUAACAGCAACUUCCAAGCCAUCAACAACUCAGUCAUGCUUGGUGGAAGUUAUCAUGCCAAUGAUCCUGGUGUGCACCUGGACAUUUCAGAUUUGUCCACUGAGCCUCACCAACGCCACCACCUCAAGGAAGAAAGGCUUGGGAAGAAGGGAAGGAAAAUAGAGAAACAAGCUUCCAAACCCAAACCACAAUCAUCAUCAUCUUCUUCUGAUUGA